AUGAAGACUUCUCUAUCGAUCCUUCUUCUUGGAGCCAUCGCGGCUGUCUCUGCUUCAGCACUUCCUAAGGAUGACCCUCUUAAGGGAUAUAAGAUUGUUCCUCUAAAAUGGACGGGUGUUGUUGAAGAUGGUGCCGAGCCUGUUACUUUGACGGGCAGCAUCGAGGAAAUCUCUGCCCAGAUCCAGAAGCUAAACCCGGAUUACAUGCCCCCGGAAACCAACAGUACUGCUGCUGCUGAAAUCGAGAAGCGCGGUCAGGGCCACAUCAUUUGCAACGUCGGCGGAUAUGGCGCCGUAGACACACGAGCUGCCCAGCGAGACAAGGACUAG